AUGGAGCUCAGGGCUGUGGUCACCACGCUGGAAAGCGGGGAGCAGGACACGGUUCUCAAGGUGCUCCAGGUCUACAACCAGGAGAAGUCUCAGUGCUUCACCUUCGAGGAUGAGGAGCGGGAGGAGAGGAAGAAAAUGGCCCAGCUGCUGAUCAAGUUCCUGGAGAGGGAGCUGCAGCCGUCCUGCCAGGUCACCUGCCUGGAGAGCAUCCGCAUCCUGUCCCGGGACAAGCACUGCCUCGGCCCUUUCACCACCGAGGAAGGCCUCAAGACCCUCUCCAGGCACGCCGGCAUCGACUACUCAGAGGAGCUCAUCCGGGAGGUCCCGGACUUGGACGUGAUCCUGGAAUCCCUGAAAUGCCUGUGCAACAUCGUGUUCAGCAGCCCGCGGGCGCAGGAGCUGACGGCCGAGGCCCGGCUGGUGGUGGGGCUGGCGCGGCGCAUCAAGCUCUACAACGAGCGGAGCCUCCCUCACGACGUCAAGUUCUUCGACCUGCGCCUGCUGUUCCUGCUGACGGCCCUGAGGGUGGACGUCCGGCAGCAGCUCGCCCAGGAGCUGCGGGGCGUCAGCCUGAUGGCAGACACCCUGGAGCUGACGCUCGGCGUGAAGUGGUUGGACCCCUACGAAGUGGCCGCCGAGGAGGGACUCCUCCCGCCUUUGCCUCGGCAGGAGACGGAGCGAGCCAUGGAGAUCCUCAAAGUGCUCUUCAACAUCACCUUUGAUUCCAGCAAGAGGGAAGUGGACGAGGAAGAUGCUGCUCUGUACCGGCACUUGGGUGCCCUCCUGCGCCACUGCCUCAUGAUCUCGGCCGACGGCGAGGACCGGACCGAGGAGUUCCACAGCCACACAGUCAACCUGCUGGGCAACCUGCCCCUCAAGUGUCUGGAUGUGCUCCUGACCCCCAAAGUGCGGCCGGGCUCGCUGGAGUACAUGGGUGUCAACAUGGAUGCAGUCAGCAUCCUCCUGGAUUUCCUGGAGCGCCGCCUGGACAGGGGCCACAAGCUGAAGGAGAGCCUGACCCCUGUGCUGAACCUGCUGACGGAGAGUGCCCGUGUCCACCGCCAGACCAGGAAGUUCCUGAAGGCCAGGGUGCUGCCGCCGCUGCGGGACGUGCGGAACCGGCCGGAGGUGGGGAAUUCCCUGCGGAACAAGCUGGUGAGGCUCAUGACCCACAUCGACACCGACGUCAAGCACUGCGCCGCCGAGUUCCUCUUUGUGCUCUGCAAGGAGAGUGUGUCCCGGUUUGUGAAGUACACGGGAUAUGGGAAUGCUGCAGGGCUGCUGGCGGCGCGGGGCCUCAUGGCCGGCGGCCGGGAAGAGGGGGAGUACUCGGAGGAUGAAGACACGGACACGGAGGAGUACAAAGAGGCAAAGCCCAACAUCAACCCCGUGACGGGCCGUGUGGAGGAGAAGCUUCCCAACCCCAUGGAAGGGAUGACGGAGGAGCAGAAGGAGCACGAAGCCAUGAAGUUGGUCAAUAUGUUCGACAAGUUGUCCAGGGAGAAGGUGAUCCAGCCCAUGGGCAUCACUCCGAGCGGGAACCUGGCGCCCAUGGAAAACGCCAUCCGCAACAUGGCCGACGAGCGCUCGUCAUCCGACUCGGACCUGGGGCUGGACUGACCCGGCUCCCGCCCCAGCCACGGAGAGCUGGGCUCCAGCCACUCUCCCUCGGGAACUGGUGCUGCACCCAGAGGCUGGCACUGGGCCAGGACUCUCCCUGCGGGAUCCGUAUCCAGCCUGGAUCCCUCACAGCCCACCACACGGAACACCUGCCUCCUUCCCAGCUCCAUAGCCACCUCUCCUUCCAGAGGUCUCCGUGGCCUGGCUCCACCUUGAUCUCUCCUGUCGGCAGCCUUCAGGAUUUCACGCUCCAAAUCGCUUCCGGGACUUUCCAGUAGGAUUUUUUCAUUCAAAUGCGUGCUGUUUGGGAAGAAGGGUCAGGGAGAGGCUCUUCCUGCCGCUCCAUCAGGGUCCGUCGAUCCGCGGAGCCUCCUGCGUGUGCCCAGCCCCACAGUGGGGAGCUGCUCCCUGGGAAUGCUGUGGGAAGGGGGGGUCUGCUGGAGAGGGGUGUGGGCCAUGAAUCACAGCAGCUCCUGGGGAGUGGGAUCUGCAGGUGGUGCAGGAGGCUGUGUCCGAGUGCACCGGUGUCCAUGUGCACCUGGAGCGCGUGGGUGGACAGAGGGAAACUGAGUGAGGCCUUUGGGGAAGCUUCCAGCAUCCCACUGGCCACGGGAGAGAGCGUGUGGGUGGCUGCUGGGAACACUCUGAUGGCCCUUCCCUGGCACUGGGCACUGUCCCUGUCACCAGCCAGCUGGGUUUGGGCGUUCACCUCUCCCCAAAUCCUGCUUUCCAAAGGAAAGGCCAACACCUGUGCUCCAUCCUUCGCUCCUCCUCACUGUCCCCGGGCCUCUCCGUCCCCCGGGGGCUGCUCUCAGGCCUGGUGUAGAUUUGUCUUUGUUUUUACUUCUGCUUUCUUUUGAAAGAAAACCUUCCCGUCCGUCUCAUGUACCCGAGUUCCCAAAUGUCCUGUCACGAGUAGGAAUGCACAAGUGACGCUUGAAUAAAGCCAACCUGACACGUGG